AUGCAGUCUAAGCUGCAGCCCGAGAACCUGUUCUGUGCUUAUCCCAUCUCGUCCUCUGCUGACGAAAAGGGCGUAGUCUUCUUCCGCCCAUGGACCGACCUAGUGACGUCAUCUACAAGUGCCUCAAGACCAGCCAAACUGUUGCUAGACCUCACACUGCCCGAGAAUGCCAGAAGUCAUCGAAUCCAGGACCUGCAGCAACAGAGAGUCUUCCACUUCGUCUGCUCUGCUUCCGGACUCGACGCCUGUUCCCGUCGUGACCUCCCUCAACCCCCGGAGUCAGCUCGUGCUUCGCGCCGGGUCGCGAACCGACGUGAUAUAUAUCGCUUAAUAGCCAUCCACUCGGCGACUUCGCGCGCGACCUCGGGGAGGUCCCCCCUCCAGCAGCACCUCGGAGCAUUAUCGCCCUGCGGGAGCAUCGUCAGCGAACGCAUUACGAGCAUCGAGGGAACUCGCCGCCAACAACGGUCUUCGAUAUACAUACAAACUCACGAAACCCCGGUGCACGAUAUCCGCGGGACUACUCGGACUCGCCGUCGAUAA